AUGAUUCCCGAGGAGGACGAGUCGCGGAUCAUCGGGGGCUGGCCCUGCUCCGUGGCCCAGAUUCCCGAGGAGGACGAGUCGCGGAUCAUCGGGGACCGGCCCUGCUCCGUGGCCCAGCUUCCCAAGGAGGACGAGUCGCGGAUCAUCGGGGGCCGGCCCUGCUCCGUGGCCCAGCUUCCCGAGGAGGACGAGUCGCGGAUCAUCGGGGGCCGGCCCUGCUCCGUGGCCCAGCUUCCCGAGGAGGACGAGUCGCGGAUCAUCGGGGGCCGGCCCUGCUCCGUGGCCCAGCUUCCCGAGGAGGACGAGUCGCGGAUCAUCGGGGGCCAGCCCUGCUCCGUGGCCCAGAUUCCUGAGGAGGACGAGUCACGGAUCAUCGGGGGCCGGCCCUGCUCCGUGGCCCAGCUUCCCGAGGAGGACGAGUCGCGGAUCAUCGGGGGCCGGCCCUGCUCCGUGGCCCAGCGCCCCUUCCAGGUGGCGCUCAUCAAGCGGGGGCAGAUCCUGUGCGGGGGCAGCCUGGUGGGGGCGCGCUGGGUGCUGACCGCCGCCCACUGCAAACAGCCAAUCAGGGAUCUCCAGGUGCUGAUCGGCACCAACACGCUGCGCUCAGGUACGGGCCAGGUGCGCCGCGUGCAGCGUCUCCAGGUGCACCCCGCCUACAACCCGCGGCGCAACGACAACGACUUCAUGCUGCUGCACCUGGACGCACCUGUGCGCUUCGGGCCCCGCGUCAAGAAAAUCCGCCCGGCCACCAGGUGUCCCCGGGCGGGGCAGAACUGCAGCGUGUCCGGCUGGGGCACCACCAAAUCACCUGGAGCCAAGCUGCCGCGGGACCUGCAGUGCGCGCAGGUGCAGACCUUCGGGCCCGAGCAGUGCGCCCGCGCCUACGGCAGCGCCGUCACCAGGAACAUGUUCUGCGCAGGUGUGCCCCAGGGCGGCGUCGACUCCUGCCAGGGUGACUCAGGUGGCCCUCUGGUGUGCGGGGGGUACCUGCAGGGCGUGGUCUCCUGGGGCCUGGCCGUGUGCGGUCAGCGCGGGAACCCCGGCGUGUACAGCAACGUCUGCCGCGCCACGCCCUGGAUACGCCGCGUCAUCGGCAGCGACCAAUGAGUGACCAGCAGUGACCAACAGUGACCAAUGAGUGACCACUGAGUGACCACGAGUGACCAACAGCGACCAAUGAGU